GCCAUCAACCAGACAGCCUUCCCGCACAGGGAAGAGAAGGCAUGGACCACGGAGAGGAAGGGGACGACUACCGUCUGAAAGCCAACGCUGACAAGAGGCGCCUCGUCAUCUGCACUUCGGAUCUUAACCUUGCGCUGGGUGUCGGUGUACAAGAUUGGCAUAAGCAGAAGCAAAAGGAUAAAGUAAAAAGGAUUAUCAAUACUUUCCGGGCUUUUAAAUACAAAUGCCACACAAUCGAGAACAAGGACCACAAGGAAAUUGUGGACAAACUCAAAGAAUAGCGUCAGGGCAGGCGACUUGGAGCAGGUAAAAACAGUAUCCACUGCGAUUCUCUCGCGGGAUCAGGCAAACUCAGGAAGCAGCCAUUCUUGUCAAAGCCUCGUUGGAGCUCCGAAAUUAUUCUUCGUUGACGUGCCCGCACCGAUAGCCUGCCCGCAAAGCAAUCGGAAGUUGGCAUGGACCGCGGGGUGCUCUGUUCCCUGCCCAGAGACGAUGCUAAAUAUCCACAGGAUGGUCGAAAGAUGUGCGUAAUUAUCUUUGUUAAGGAAGUUAUAGCGUCAUUGGGGCUCAAGGUGGAUGAUCAUCAGAUAAAGCAGCGCCAAAGAAACAAAGAUGUAAUUAAAAUGACAUUCGAGGAAUUAGGAUACGAAUGUCCGGUCAUCGAGAAUCAGGUCACCCGCAAAGACAUCGUGGAUCAACUUACUAAGUACAAGCAGGAAUUGGAAGACAGUAGCCAUUUCAUCUGUUGGCUUCUGACGUACCGUGCCGAAGAUGAAAACGGUCAUCGACUGUACGCCUCCGACAGAACAAUCAGCUUGAAAGACAUCACCAAGUCGUUCUUGGGCAACAUUUGUAAACCACUUGCAGGAAAACCAAAGCUUUUUUUCAUCGACAGUGUGUACGUGGAAUGCAAGAAAGAUCCUCACCUCGCUCACAGACUUGAUAAGGAACAAAAGCAAGACGCUUAUCUCAUACCGACUACGGCUGACUUCCUUAUAGGACUGUCUCCAUUUGUUCAAUCAGAGACCAAGUAUGCGGAGGUAGUUUGCGACGCAGUGAAAGACCAUGUGAAAGGGAGUCUCGGAGACGACUUCACUACUGCACUCGAUGUGAUAGCCAACAAACUCGUGCGUGAUGACGUAACCAGUACCUACAUCAGCACACUGAGGAAGACUUUCUCUUUGUCUCCCCAAUGAUGAGGGGCAGCAAAAACGCAUCGAGGUGAACAACAGGUGACGCCAGGAGAGACAUCACCGAUGAAUUUCGUUGCAGGGAUAAUUAUUACGCACGCAAAGAUAUGGGAAAGUAAUAUGGGUUUCACAAGGGUUCGGAUUUGGGCUGAUUGGUGGUACAGUUGACCACUAAAAUGCGGUAACGUGUACAUAGGCCAGGCGUCUAGGUAUCAACACUGGACUAAAAGAACACGCCGCUAACACGAAGAAAAAUUAUCACAGGAGGAAACACAAUAGUGUUUAGAAGUAGGAAACAUGGAGCAUCACCAUUUAUGGAGUCAAAAGACUAGGAAGUAAAUGCGUAAGCAAGUCGUCGAUACACAUAAAGAUACGUCUAGAAAAAUAGAUAAUUUCCUAUCAGACAUACAUUGCUCAUGUGAACACGUGCAAGUGCCAGCACGAGAAAAGGGGCUAGGGGCGUAGUAUAUAAUAAAUGAUAAUGUUUUCUUUAGAAUAAAUAUCUGGUUGGCAGAUCA